AGUUUUAGCCAAAAUACGUUUUAUUUUGUUUUAUUUAUAAACGCUGUUUCCGAUUGACCCGGAAGUGCAUUGUCAAACUGCGGAACGUGUUGCAGUAACUAAUACACAAAGUCCCUAAAUGUGAGCGUCGUCCCGCUGCUUCGGCUGGCCGGUAGAAACGAGCGAUGGCCGAUCCAGAGCUGCUGCUGGACUCCAGUAUUCGGAUGUGGGUGGUGCUGCCCAUCGUCUUCAUCACCUUCUUUGUGGGGAUCAUCCGUCACUACGUCACCCAGCUGCUGCACAGCGACAAGAAGGUCGACAUGGAGCAGGUUUCAGACAGUCAGGUGCUCCUACGCAGCCGCAUCCUCAGAGAGAACGGAAAGUACAUCCCCCGACAGUCGUUCGCCAUGAGGAAACAUUUCUUCAACGACGCUGAGACGGGAUUCUUCAAGAAGGCGAAGAGGAAGGUCGUCGCCAAGAACCCGAUGACCGACACCAGCAUGCUCACGGACAUGAUGAAGGGAAACCUCACCAAUGUCCUGCCCAUGAUCGUGAUCGGCGGAUGGAUCAAUUGGGCGUUCUCUGGAUUCGUCAUAACCAAGGUUCCGUUCCCUCUCACUUUGAGGUUCAAGCCGAUGUUGCAGAGAGGAAUCGACCUGCUGUCACUCGACGCCUCCUGGGUGAGUUCUGCGUCCUGGUACUUCCUCAAUGUGUUUGGACUGAGGAGCAUGUACAGCCUCAUUCUGGGACAAGACAACGCUGCUGACCAAUCGCGGGUGAUGCAGGACCAGAUGACGGGCGCCGCCAUGGCGAUGCCCCCCGACCCCAACAAGGCUUUCAAGAGCGAGUGGGAGGCGCUGGAGAUCGUGGAGCACAAGUGGGCUCUGGAGAAUGUGGAGGAGGAGCUCAUGUCCCGAGACCUCAACUUUGGCCCCAUCUUCAGCCAGGACCUCAAGUGCGCCAUGUUCUAGAAGGGGGGGGGGACCCGGAAUACACAAAACACCCCAAUCACUUUGUUCACAUUUUGCCUUUUUUUUUCUUUUUGCCUUCCGGUGUUGAGAUUUAAUAAGAGAACCACGGCUGUAAUGAAUAAUAUAUAUAAAGUUUUUACUCUAUAUCCACAGGGCUCUGCGUUCACGUGUAUUUGUACCUUGUACUUCCUGUUUUUAUGUAUUCUGGGUUCUGCCGUCGUAACCCGGGGCGACGCUGAAUAAAAGCUGUCACGUGA